UUCCACCCCCCAAAUCCAUUCUUAUUUCUUAAUCUCUUUUGCUUUUUUCAAGCCAGCCUCAUCCCUACCUUCGACACAGACACAGCUAGCUGCCAAUAUAAUCAAAAAGCUCUAAAGUAGAUUAAUGCACAUGCAAUCUUUAUUUAUUGCAUCUUUCUUUUUUAAGUAUCACCAUUAAUACAGUAAAUUACUCUUUUGAUUUUUACCCUUCUUUUUACGGAGCUCUAUCUCACUGUUUUCUUUACAAGAAUAAAGUUGACUUUAUCUAUAGUAAUAUAGGAAAAGGGAAAACGACCUGCAAAUUCUUUCUCUCGACCUGCUAAUACUGGAUUCCACUUUUAGGUCUCAGCAAACAGAACCUGUGCAUUUGAGUAAAGAGUUUGUUGGGCCAAAUCGGAAAUUAAGGCACAACCUUAACUGAAUGUAUUGGACUCACUUAUUGAAAAUUCAAGCCCGCAUUUGUGGGCUCAUUAUGAAAUCUAGCUCCAACAGCUCGUAGUGAUUGCGCUUGCGUAGGCUUUGAAGUGUUUUUUAGUUCUUUGUAAAUCAAAUUACCCGACAACUUGAACGACAAGUCGAAAAAGGAAAGCUAAGGGAAGUUGUUCAAGCAGACGACACGCAGUGGGUUGCUUUCCUCUUCCUUCUCUUUCCAUCUGCAACUAAUCCUUUCUUACGCUUUUAUACAGUGGGUUGGACUCUAUUGUUCUCGAGUUUACUAUCAAUAUAGUUUCAAGAGUCAAAGAGUCAUAGCUAUAUCAUAUAUAGUUCACCGAUCAGUUCAUGAAUUGAAGCGAUGGAUUCAAGUCGUUCGGCAGACAAAGAAUGGGGGGAGAAGGUAUCAAAGAAGGUGAUUUCGCUAUACAAGUCUCUUCCUAAGAAGGGAAAGCCUCAGGGACGCGAAGUUACUGUUUUGGCCUCAUUUCUCAUUUCCUCUCCUUUCCAAGGUCACUUUACCUCUAAAACCUAUUUAGAAGUAGUUUCAUUAGGAACGGGAACAAAAUGCAUUGGGCGCUCGCACUUGAGCACGCGGGGCGACAUUGUCAAUGAUUCACACGCUGAAAUUAUUGCACGAAGAGCUUUAAUGAGGUUCUUCUACUCAGAGAUUCAAUGCCUCGCCCAAAUUAGCAAGCAUGGGAAUGAUAAUGGAAGCCAGCAGUUGCAAAGUGAUGAUGACAGAAACUGCCUUUUCCAUUUGGAACAAGAUGUUUCUAGUCAAGGAAAAUUCAAACUGAGAGCGGGUUGGCAAUUACAUCUGUACAUCUCGCAGUUGCCAUGUGGGGAUGCUUCUGUGAGUUCACCCUUAUUGUCUAGGAGAAACACGUUUCUAAACGAAGGGGAUUCACCUCUGCCUCUUCGGAUGCUUUAUGGUUCCAUGGAUGAGCUUUUGAAGCCUUCAGAAGAGAAUGAUGCUAACGGUUCACAACUUAGUGGCAUGGUUCAAAGGAAGCCUGGUCGUGGUGAUACAACAUUGUCAGUUAGCUGCUCUGAUAAGAUUGCUCGUUGGAAUGUUCUCGGAGUUCAAGGAGCUCUGCUUUCCCACUUUCUUCAGCCUGUUUAUAUUUCCUCAAUUACUGUUGGACAAUCUCCUAACAGCACUGCACAUUUUCCUUUGGAGAAGCACUUGCAAAAAACUUUGCAUGAUCGGAUCUUACCGUUGUCAAAUAAAUUAACGGCUUCCUUUCAAGCAAACAAGCCACUUUUUUGUGCAGCUUCUAUGCCACCUGAGGAAUUUCAGCAUGUUGAUACUGCUUUAUCUACUUUAACAUGCGGGUAUUCCAUAUGUUGGAAUAAGUCUGGCUUGCAUGAAGUCAUUCUCGGGACGACAGGUCGUAAACAAGGCACCUCUGCUAAAGGAGCGCUUUCUCCAUCUACUGAGUCGUCUCUGUGCAAAAGGCGAUUAUUGGAGGUUUUCUUGACACUAAAGCAUGACUUGCAACAUAAAGGCCCUGCUGAGGAGAUUUCUUAUCGAGAACUCAAGAAUAAUGCUGAGGCAUACAGUUUAAAUUCAAGAACUUUUAAAGGAAGUCCACCUUUUAACAACUGGCCAUUGAAAUCAAUAGACUUGGAGGCCUUCUGCAUUUUGAGGUAAUAUACUUGCAACCUCGGGUGUUCUGACCACAGCUUCACCAUUUGUGCUGCUUACCCAUUAGACUUUUGAGUUGGCGAGCUGGUCGUUUUUGUUUAUGGAC